AUGGCAACCCUCGCAACCGCAACCGCAGCUGCAACUGCACCUGCCCCCGCGCAGGCCGUUGUGCCGCGCGUGCCCAUCCCUCCCAACGGUGUCGACUAUCGCAACAAAAUCGUCCUCGCGCCAAUGGUCCGCUCAGGCGAACUACCCUCCCGCCUCCUGGCCCUGAAAUACGGCGCCGACCUCGUCUGGGGCCCGGAAACAAUCGACCGUUCUAUGAUCGGUGCCGAGCGACGCGUGAACCCGCGCAACGGCACAAUCGAAUUCACCCGCAUGCCCAGCAACGGCGGACGCCCCAACAAACCAACCAAAGAAUCAAUCAUCUACCGCAUCGACCCAGCGCGCGAAAAAGGCCGAUUGAUCUUCCAACUUGGCACGGCCAACCCGGAACAAGCAGUGGCAGCAGCGCGCGUUGUGGCCAAGGACGUCUCAGGCAUCGAUCUCAACUCAGGCUGCCCGAAACCAUUCUCUACAAGUGGUGGUAUGGGCGCUGCCCUCCUCCGCACCCCCGAUCUCCUCGUCUCAAUCCUGGAAAAUCUUGUCAAGGAGGUCGGCGAACCAUAUCAAAUCGGCAUCUCAGUCAAGAUCCGCAUCCUCUCCAACCCUGAAGAAACAGAGACUCUCGUCUCCCGUCUCGUGAAGACAGGUAUCACAGGCUUGACAGUCCACUGUCGCACAACUCCCAUGCGCCCACGUGAACGCGCAAUCCGUGACCAACUUCCCAUGGUAGCCCGUAUUUGCCACGAAGCUGGCGUGGCGUGCGUGAUGAACGGCGAUGUGACUUCGCGUGACCAGGGCCUCGCCCUGAUGUCUGAGUACGGCGUUGACGGUGCUAUGAUCGCGACCUCUGCCGAGACCAACUCGUCUUGUUUCCGGUCUAAGGAGGAUGGUGGUGUCGCGCCGUGGCGGGAUGUCGUCUACGAGUACUUGCGCUUCUGUAUCGAGUCUGAGAAUCGUCUGGGCAACACCAAGUACCUUCUCAACAUGCUGAUCCCCGGCAAAGACAAGGAGUUCAAGGAUGCAAAGCUGUCCAAGACGUAUCUUGAUAUCUGCCGCGCAUUGAAAUUCGAAGAUUUGCUUCCCGCUGCUACGAGUGUUGAUAUGAUCCUCGGUCUGGAUGAGAAGUGGGAGCCUGCCCCCGUUGUUACUGAUACACCUUGUGAAACCGAUACGCAAACCCAGUCUGAGCCCAAGUCCAAGGCUGUGCAGAAUGCUAUGGAGUCUGAGGCUGCUCGUGCGGCUGGUGGCGGUGCUGUUCGGACUAAGAAGCCUUCGCCAGCUGUUCAUGGAGGUGGUCCCAUUCGGCGAUCUUCUGCUCCUCAGCCAGCUAAGGUUACCCAAGUUGAUGAUGAGCAGCCAGUUGUUGAGGCUACUAUUGCCGCUGCACAGACUCAGGCUCCCUCUCAGCUGACGGCGUAA